AUGGCUGUUGGCAAGAACAAGCGUUUGUCCAAGGGUAAGAAGGGUAUCAAGAAGAAGGUCGUGGACCCCUUCUCCCGCAAGGACUGGUACGACAUCAAGGCGCCCUCAAUCUUCGAGGUCAAGAACGCCGGCAAGACUCUUGUCAACAGGUCCCAGGGUCUUAAAAAUGCCAACGACUCCCUCAAGGGCCGUAUCAUCGAGCUAUCGCUUGGUGACCUCAACAAGGAUGAGGACCAGUCGUUCCGCAAGAUCAGGCUCCGGAUCGAUGAAGUUCAGGGCAAGAACUGCCUCACCAACUUCCACGGCAUGAGCUUCACCUCAGACAAGCUCCGCUCCCUCGUCCGCAAGUGGCAGACCCUCAUCGAGGCGCAUGUCGACGUCAAGACGACUGACGGAUACCUCAUCCGUCUUUUCGCUAUCGGCUUCACCAAGCGUCGGCCAACGCAGGUCCGCAAGACCACCUACGCGCAGACCGCGCAAAUCCGGGAGAUUCGCAAGAAGAUGUUCGAGAUCAUGACCCGUGAAGCGACGAGCUGUGACCUGAAGGAGCUGGUGCAGAAGUUUGUGCCAGAGGCGAUUGGCCGGGAGAUUGAGAAGGCGGCGAGGGGUAUCUACCCCUUGCAAAACGUCUAUAUCCACAAGGCGAAGAUUCUCAAGGCACCGAAGUUCGACAUGUCGAAGUUGCUUGAGCUUCACGGCGAGUCGACAGACGAGACUGGCACUCGUGUAGUCAAGGACUUCAAGGAGCCUGAGAUUCUCGAGUCUGUGUAA